CUUCAGAGGAUUAUCCCCAAAGGCAAAUAAUAAUAAAAGAUAGCACUGCUAUAUUACAAACAGCAAGAUCUCUGAAUUCUUCAAGAGAGUUUCUAAGGGAAUGGACUGAGUUCAAACUGUAUGGGUUUCAUAUACUGUUUACACUGUUUCGUACAUACCUUAGCAUCACAGGCAACCAGACACUUUGGACAAAUAUAAGGGCAGAAAGCCAGAAAACUUGGAGAUGAAGAGUUUCUAAGGGAAUGGACUGAAUUCAAAUUGUCUGGGUUUCAUAUUCUGUUUCUACUAUUUUGUAUAUACCUUAGACUUGUUCUGGAAACAGUUUCACUGUCUCAUGGAUCCCGGAGUGUAUAGAAACCACACUGCAGUGACCAGGUUCAUAUUAUUGGGCUUAACCCAUGAUCCAGUCCUUCAAGUCAUCCUGUUUGUGGUCAUCCUGUGCAUCUACGUGGUGACCAUAUUUGGCAAUCUCAGCACAAUCAUCCUGAUCAGAAUCUCCUCUCAGCUCCAUCAUCCCAUGUACUUUUUUCUGAGUCACUUGGCUUUUGUUGACAUAGGAUACUCAUCUUCUGUCACACCCAAUAUGCUUGUAAACUUCUUGGUGGAAAGAAAUACAAUCUCUUACCUUGACUGUGGACUUCAACUUGGUGCAGGUGUGUUUUUUGGGUCAACUGAGUGCCUCCUUCUGGCUGCCAUGGCAUAUGAUCGCUUUGUGGCCAUCUGCAACCCACUACUUUAUUCGGCCAAGAUGUCCACGCUAGUCUGUGCACAGUUACUCCUAGUUGCCUAUGUGGGUGGUUUUGCUGAUGCCUGUUCCUUUACUAUUUGUGUAUUUUCUUUAGUCUUCUGUGGACCCAAUGUAGUCAACCAUUUUUUCUGUGAUUUUGCACCUUUACUUGAAAUCUCUUGUUCUGAUACUAGUGUCCUUGCAGUUGUGCCUUCAUUUUCAGCUGGCUCCAUCAUUGUGGUCUCAGCGAUUGUGAUAGCUGUCUCCUACAUCUACAUCCUCAUUACCAUCAUGAGGAUGCACUCCACCAAGGGGCGUCACAAGGCCUUCUCUACCUGUACCUCCCACCUCAUUGCGGUUACUCUGUUCUAUGGGACUGUGACAUUCAUUUAUGUGAUGCCCAAGUCCAGCUUCUCAACUGACCAGAACAAGGUGGUGUCUGUGUUCUACAUGGUAGUCAUCCCCAUGUUGAACCCCCUCAUCUACAGUCUCAGGAAUACUGAGAUUAAAGGUGCUUUGAAGAGACAACUUGGAAGAAAAAUAUUUUCUUAG